AGUUAUAACUUAUUUAUAAUAUCAGUUCAUGUUUUGAAGUAGUUGUGUGAGGACAUAAUAAUGACUCUAAGGUUUACACAGGUUAAAAGUCUUCUUUCAAAAUGUGUGGAAAAAUCAGGAGUGAGAUUUAUGUCACAUUAUCCAAUCGACGAACAUAUAUUUGGAUUGAACAGCGAACAGCAACAGUUAAGAAAAAUGGUAUUUGAUUUUACCCAAAAAGAAUUAGCACCAAAGGCAGCAGAAAUAGAUAGAGAAAAUAACUUCAAAGAAAUAAAAGACUUUUGGAAGAAGCUUGGCAAUUUAGGACUUUUAGGUAUAACUGCAAAUCCAGAAUAUGGUGGGACAGGCGGAAAAUACUCUGAUCACUGUGUCAUCAUGGAAGAGAUCUCAAGAGCUUGCGGUGCAAUUGCGUUAUCGUAUGGUGCGCAUUCCAAUUUAUGUGUCAAUCAAAUAAACAGAAACGGAAAUCAUGAACAAAAGACUAAAUAUUUGCCAAAAUUAUGUUCAGGAGAACAUAUAGGAGCUCUAGCGAUGUCUGAACCAGGUUCAGGCAGCGACGUAGUCUCAAUGAAAUUACGCGCUGACAAAAAAGGCGAUUAUUAUAUCCUUAAUGGAAACAAAUUCUGGAUAACUAAUGGAGCUGACGCUGAUGUGUUAGUGGUCUAUGCAAAAACUAGUCAAACGAAUAAACCGCAACAUAGCAUAUCAGCUUUUCUAAUAGAAAAGGAUUUCCCUGGAUUCUCGACGGCGCAAAAAUUAGAUAAACUUGGUAUGAGAGGAUCGAGCACCGGUGAAUUGGUUUUUGAAGACUGCAAGGUGCCGGCAGCAAAUUUGUUAGGUGAGGAAAAUAAAGGAGUCUAUGUUCUUAUGUCCGGAUUAGAUCUGGAGAGAUUAGUGUUAGCAGCUGGACCAGUAGGCCUUAUGCAGGCAGCUAUAGAUAGCGCGUUCGAAUAUGCGCACACAAGGAAACAGUUUGGACAACGCAUUGGAGAAUUUCAACUUUUACAGGGCAAAAUGGCAGAUAUGUAUACGACGUUGAGCGCUUGUCGAAGCUACUUAUACAACGUGGCGAAAGCAUGCGAUGAAGGACACGUGAACAGCAAAGACUGCGCUGGUGUCAUUCUAUAUUGUGCAGAAAAAGCAACACAAGUUGCUCUUGAUGCUAUUCAAAUUCUAGGUGGUAAUGGUUAUAUAAAUGAUUAUCCAACUGGUAGAAUUUUAAGAGAUGCCAAGCUAUAUGAAAUCGGUGCAGGGACCUCGGAAAUCAGAAGAAUGUUAAUAGGAAGGGCAUUAAAUAAUGAAUACAAAUAAAAUUCAAUGUUGUGAAUAAAUAAUUAUUUACAUACUAUGGCAUUUAUAAAAUAAUUUUCAUUCUUUGGUUUUUAGAUGAAUAAAAAAUAAUUCACUGUGAGUGACAAUAAAGAAUAAGACAAUAA